AUGCCGUCGACCGGCGCCUCAUUGCCGUUGUUCAAUGAGGCCCAAUCCUCUCCGGCAAGCAUCCUGCGGGCAAUCUGCCAUCCUCGUCCACGAAACUCGAGAGCCAAGGGAAUCAUACUGGCCGUGGUGACAUUCGUCGUAAUUUUUGUUCUGCAUAACCCUUCAUCGAACACAUCCGAGCCCGAUUACUGGGCCAAGUUUCCCUCGCGACCUCCCUUGUCCGAACGUCCUGAAGAUGUCGAAGUUGCUGUACCUCGGCGGCUCGACGUGCACUCCAAAGAUACCCUUCCUCACGAUCCGCACAAGCCUAACCCGCAACUCCAUGUCUUGGUCCCGGCGCCUGAAAGCUCCCGCGAAGUCUGUCGAACGUUGGCGUCUGCCAUGAUUCUGGAAUACCCGCCCCCGACGUUAAUUGGCUACGGCCGCGGCAAGACUGAUGGGAGCGAGCAUGAGCGUACGGUGGAUCGGAUCACGCGCAUGCGCGACUAUCUUCGAGACAGCAGCACUGUCCACGACCGGGAUUUUGUGUUGGUAGCCGAAAAUGUCUACUUCCAGUUGCCGCCGUCAGUGCUGGUGCAGCGAUUCCAGAGCAUUCUCCGCGAGAAAAACUUGAGACAGCAAAGAUUCUAUGGAUUCGCACCAGGGCAUAAAUCCAAGGAUAGCACCAAGGAUGAUGCCAAGAGUGGCGCCUCGGCGCCCCUGCCAAAGUACGGCCAGCGCGUGCUGUUCGGUGCCAGCAAGGUCUGUUCCUUCGAGCUGUGGGACGACCCUGGCUGCAUUUCGGUUCCGCCGUCGACGCUCCCCCCGGAUGUUCAUGGCUGGGAGACCGAUGAGGAACCUAAAAUGCGCUUCGGAAAGAUUGACCAUCGCCCAACCGGAGUCUUAAAUCGACCGCGAUGGAUGACCUCCGGAACCAUCAUGGGCCAGGUAGCUGAUGUGCGACUAAUCCUCGACGAAAUUCUCUGGCAGAUCGAACAGCCUCUCAUGAAUGACAACCAGCACCAGGCUCUGACGCGGAUGUACGGGCGGCAAGAAGUCGUGCGGGAGCUGGAGCGCCGGCGCACCACGAACCGGUUUACGGGCUGGCUGUAUAAGCAGUUGGGGAUGACCAAUCCCGUCAACAUCUCGGGGAUCAACGUCCAACUGGAGACGGGGCAUCGGUACGAAUACGGGAUGACCGUCGACUUCGAGUCGCAGAUCUUCUACAACCAGAACAUGACCCACGAGGACAUCAACUGGUUCCAAUUCCACAACAAAACAGUGCCCGGCCGCGAGCAGCAGAAGCUCGGUAUUCCGCGGGAGAGUCCUAUAUUCCUCCCGGAAGAGAUCGAAGCCCUGCACGACCCAUUCCUGCAGUACAACGCCGUGAACCAGGAAACCGUGCGACCGACUUACGACCCGGAGCUCGACUAUCUGCCGAGUCCCGGCAACAACACCUGGUCCAAGGUCCCCUUCCUGACCAACCUUCGCGCGGGCACGAUCCCGGCGGUUAUCCACAUGAACGGGGACCCCGCAUGGCGUGACGACUGGUGGCGGCGAAUGUGGUUCUGGCCGUGGGGGCGAGCCCUACUUCGCAAAUACGUGCGAUUCGCGCACGGCUCCGAGGCUUCGCAGUCCUCAAUGCAGGGUGGCCAGGGGUGGUGGGACAUGCGCGGCGGCCGUGGCGGCAUCUGGACCGACCAGAGCAACUGGAUUGCUCUCUCGGACGUGUGCAACGGUCAUGAACACUCCCUCUUUGAGGACAACCGGGGUCCGUGGGCGAAAGAGAAGGGCGAUCCGGAUGCGCCGGUCUAUAAUCAGUUUGGUACGAUGGUUUUUGGCAAGGAGCAAAAGGAAGGAGAGACCAAACAAGAAGAGACGGAGGAAGGCGAGACGGAGGAAGGCGAGACGGAGAAAAGCGAGACAAAGGAAGGACAGACGAAGGAAGAACAGACGAAGGAAGAACAGACGAAGGAAGAACAGACGAAGGAAGAACAGACGAAGAAAGGACAGACGAAUGAAGGCGAGACGGAUGAAAGCGAGAAAAAGAAAGGACAGACGAAGGAAGGUCAGACGAAGGAAGAACAGACGAAGAAAGGACAGACGAAUGAAGGCGAGACGGAUGAAAGCGAGAAAAAGAAAGGACAGACGAAGGAAGGUCAGACGAAGGAAGAACAGACGAAGAAAGGACAGACGAAUGAAGGCGAGAAAAAGAAAGGACAGAUGAAGGAAGGACGGGCGAAUGAAGGCGAGUCGGAUGAAGAAGAGAAAAACGACGGUUGA